GGGAGCCUUUGCAGCACUGGGUGAAAGACAUUGGAAUAUGCUGUAUAAAUAUGCUUUAGAAUAUUCUUCUAUCUUUAGAAUAUGCUUUAGAAUAUUUUAGGAAUAUACUCUAGGAUAUUAUUAUUGUAUAGCAUCUUAUAGGAAUAUUCUAUCUUUGUAAUGUAUAUAUAUAGGGACUUAACCCUCCAAUGAAAUACACAGAAAAUCCUUCUCUCCAUCUUUAUUAUCAUUCUAGUUUAUAUUUCAACAUGGUAUCAGAGCCUUCCAUUUUAGUUUAGUUUUUCCAGAUUUUAGUUAAUUUUCGGACUGGAUUCUUCCUUGAGUUCAGUCUUCAGAACCUUCGACACCAAUCUGUCUCUAAAUUCUUUCUUCAGGAUUUCAGUUGUCUGAUUCUUGAGGAACUUGAGUUCAGUUUUUUUUUUCCAGAUUCUUCAGAACCUCUAAAUUUCCCAGAAAAUCAAUUUUCACAGUCUGUCCCCAGACCUCACAAAUUUCAGACCACACAUUUCAUCACCACCGUACCAGAAACAAAAUUCCGACACCCAUACUCUAAGCGAGUGAGCCGCACGCGCCUCCACAGCACGGCGAACUUAAUUCACGCGCCGGCGCGUCUCGUCUGUUCUCCGGCCAGAUUUCCGAUCGAAAACCACCCAUCAGCUCGCCUGUGUAUGACCUCUCUUUUGUGGUUGCUCGUUUCGUCCUGGUAAGCAUUAGUUCCUGCCUCGAUAGCAUUUUUUUUCAAUUUUUUUUAAAAAAAAAAAGAACAAAAAAAAAGAACAAAAAAAAAUUGAAAAAAAAAAUUGAAAAAAAAAACAAAAAAAAAGAACAAAAAAAAAUGGAGAUGUUUCGUACAUGUCAAUAUGACAGAGGAGUAAUAUGCAAUUACUGCAAGAAGUCUGGACACUUGCUCAAAGAUUGUAGAAAGUUGGCAUUCAAAAAUUCGGGAAAUUUGAUUGCUCAUGUUGCUUCCGCUACCACCUCAUCUGAUGGAUCAGUUGCUAUUUCUUCGGAUGAAUAUGCCAAAUUUAUUUGCUACCAAGAAUCUCUAAAGCAUUCAUCUGUCUCUAUCUCGGUAGCCGCGAAUUCAGGAUCUGUUAACAAAGCAGACUAUUGGUAAAGGACAUGAGUCGGGUGGUCUUUAUAUUUUGGAUACAUCAAUCACAAAAGGUAUCUCCUGUCUUGGAGUUGAAAAUCUGUUAGAAGCUCAUUACCGAUUAGGACAUCCAUCUCUCCCGCUAAUGAAGCAAAUAUAUCCUCAGUUUAAUAAGGUGUCAUCUAUACAAUGUGAGUCAUGUGAAUUUGCAAAACAUCAUCGUACUAGUUUAAGUCCCCGACUUAAUAAACGAGCAAACGCUCCGUUUGAUCUUGUUCAUACUGAUGUUUGGGGGGCUUGUCCUGUUGUGUCUAAAUCUGGUUUCAAAUAUUUUGUAACCUUUGUUGACGAUUAUUCUCAUAUGACAUGGUUAUAUUUUAUGAAACGUCGGUCAGAAUUAUUUACCCAUUUUUCUGCAUUUUGUGCUGAAAUCAAAACUCAAUUCAAUGUUCCGGUUCGUGUGUUGAGGGGAGACAAUGCCCAAGAAUAUUUAUCUGCUCCAUUUAAAACUUUUAUGCUUCAACAUGGCAUUAUUCAUCAAACUUCAUGCGUAGCCACGCCUCCUCAAAAUGGAGUUGCUGAAAGAAAGAAUCGACAUCUCUUAGAAACUGCAAGGGCUCUUCUAUUCCAAAUGAAUGUGCCCAAACAGUUUUGGGCUGAUGCUGUGUCUACUUCAUGUUUUUUGAUCAAUCGUAUGCCAUCUUCUGUUUUGGAUGGUAAAACUCCUUAUCAAUGCCUUUUUCCAAAUAAAGAACUUUUUCCCAUUCCACCUAAAAUAUUUGGGUGCACUUGUUUUGUUAGAGAUGUUAACCCUCAUCGCACAAAGUUGGAUCCCAAAUCAUUGAAAUGUAUUUUCUUAGGUUAUUCUCGAGUUCAAAAGGGGUAUAGAUGUUUUUGUCCGAGUACAGGUCGAUAUCUUAUUUCUAUUGAUGUCUCAUUUCAUGAAAAUACACCUUUUUCAUCAUCCAAGACAGAUAUUCAUGAGGACAACGAUGACAUACUCAUUUAUACAGUUACUAUACCUGAGACCACACCUUUAGUAACUAUGCCGAAUGUCACUGUUCCUGACCCUAUACCUCCUGUACACUUGGUUUACACCCGUCGACACAAAGCACAAAAUCACUCUCCACCUGUGACACCUGUGAUUACAUAUCCUGAUAUUGGUCCAACUUCGAUCUCAUGCCCUGAACCAGUACCUGCAUCUUCAGAUCUUGUCUCUACAUCAGAUCUUGACCUCCCAAUAGCACUACGUAAAGGUACACGGUCUUGUACUCAUCCUAUUUCUUCAUUUGUGUCGUACAAUCAGUUAUCUCCUGCUUCAUGUUCUUUUAUUGCUUCCAUUGAUUCUAUUUUUGUUCCCAAAUCUGUCAAAGAAGCUUUGUCUCAUCCUGAAUGGCGUCAUGCCAUGGUAGAGGAAAUGAAUGCUUUAGAUCUUAAUGGUACUUGGGAUUUGGUUGACUUGCCUACAGGGAAGAAAUCUAUUGGAUGUAAGUGGGUCUUUGCUGUAAAGGUUAACCCUGACGGAUCCGUUGCUCGGUUGAAAGCCCGAUUAGUAGCGAAGGGUUAUGCUCAAACCUAUGGUGUUGAUUAUUCUGACACUUUUUCUCCUGUUGCUAAAUUAACAUCUGUCAGGUUACUUAUUUCUCUCGCUGCAACUAAUGGUUGGCACUUACAUCAGUUAGACAUUAAAAAUGCAUUCUUGCACGGUGAUCUUCAGGAGGAAGUUUAUAUUGAGCAACCUCCAGGGUUUGUUGCUCAGGGGGAGUAUGGAAAAGUGUGUCGACUUCGCAAGUCUCUUUAUGGUUUGAAACAGAGUCCCCGUGCAUGGUUCGGGAAAUUCAGUCAAUCAAUUGAACGAUUUGGAAUGAUAAAGGGCAAAUCAGAUCACUCUGUAUUUUAUAGACGAACAAAAGCAGGUAUCACAUUGCUUGUGGUGUAUGUCGAUGAUAUUGUGAUUAUAGGGAGUGAUAAUGCAGGUAUUUUGGCUCUUAAGAAUUUUUUUCAUAGUCAAUUCCAGACGAAAGAUUUGGGCUCAUUGAAAUACUUCUUGGGGAUUGAGGUUAUACGGAGCAAGAAAGGCAUAUUUCUAUCUCAACGUAAAUAUGUGCUUGACUUGCUAACUGAAACAGGGAAACUGGGGGCAAAACCGAGCAAUACUCCCAUGAUUCCCAAUGUGCAGCUCACUCAUGAAGGCGUACCAUUCGAAGAUCCAGAAAGAUAUAGAAGGUUGGUUGGAAAGCUUAAUUAUCUCGCAGUUACCCGUCCAGAUAUUGCGUACUCAGUGAGUGUAGUAAGUCAAUAUAUGUCAUCUCCGACAGUUGAUCAUUGGAAUGUUGUAGAGCAUAUAUUAUGUUACUUGAAGGGGACACCAGGACGAGGUAUUGUUUAUCAAAAUCAUAACCACAUGAGAAUAGAAUGCUUUGCAGAUGCUGAUUGGGCUGGAUCUAAAGAUGAUAGAAGAUCUACAUCUGGCUAUUGCGUCUUUGUUGGUGGUAAUCUCGUCUCUUGGAAAAGUAAGAAGCAGAAUGUGGUUUCUCGUUCGAGUGCUGAAUCAGAAUAUCGGGCUAUGGCACAAUCGGCAUGUGAGAUAAUCUGGAUAAACCAUCUAUUGAGUGAAAUCGGACUGAAGACACCAAUGCCUGCUAAACUCUGGUGUGAUAACCAGGCUGCUAUACGCAUUGCCAACAACCCAGUGUUUCAUGAGAGAACAAAACAUAUUGAGGUCGAUUGUCACUUUAUUCGAGAAAAGAUACAACAAGGAUUGAUCUCUACAGGAUAUGUGAAGACGGAAGAGCAACUUGGAGACGUGUUCACUAAAGCACUAAAUGGAAUUCGUGUUGGUUAUUUAUGUAACAAGUUGGGCAUGAUAAAUAUCUAUGCUCCAACUUGAGGGGGAGUGUGAAAGACAUUGGAAUAUGCUCUAUAAAUAUGCUUUAGAAUAUUCUUCUAUCUUUAGAAUAUGCUUUAGAAUAUUUUAGGAAUAUACUCUAGGAUAUUAUUAUUGUAUAGCAUCUUAUAGGAAUAUUCUAUCUUUGUAAUGUAUAUAUAUAGGGACUUAACCCUCCAAUGAAAUACACAGAAAAUCCUUCUCUCCAUCUUUAUUAUCAUUCUAGUUUAUAUUUCAACAGGGUAAUAUGAUGAAUAAUGAUGAUGUAUCUUUGUCAUACAGAUAAUGAACAAACGCCAUUUCAAAAUUUUCAGUACACAUCUAUUUUUACAUGUUUGGCCCUCUUUUACAAUUUACCCAUCACCCUCAACAGUGAAGCACAUCCCUUGAUUUCAUGAUAUAGUUUUUAGUUUUCAAGCUAAAAAGGUUACCUGGUAAAAAAAAGCUAAAAAGGUUACUGAGCUAACCCUAAAUUGUCUCUUUCCACCUAUAUUGGGAAACAUACAUAUAUUUUUCAAUCAUUUCAUUUACCACAGUGCCGCAAAGGCUCCGACCUAUGGUGGGGUAAGGGGGGGUCAGAUGUACGCAGUCUUACCCUGUACUAAAGCACAGAGAGACUGUUUCCGGAUGACCCAUAGUGAAAAACGCAUCCAAAUUGCAUGGACUGACUGCUGCUUCAUAACAAAGAAGCGCAGACAGUUUAGAGCCAUUUUGCUUUAUUCCAUCACAUUCUCAAGCCAAAAAAUAAUGAAUCUUUG